AAUCAUCAACGAUGGCAGAUACCGCUGUUGCGACUGAAACUCCAGCUCCGGCUACACCCGUCAAAAAACCAAAAACAUCCGCGAGUGGUGGUGCUUCCGCGGGCGCUAAGAAACCUAAAGCUAAACCGAGCCAUCCGAAGACGUCGGAAAUGGUGAACAGCGCUAUUGCCGAACUCAAGGAGCGCAGCGGCUCGUCUUUACAAGCAAUCAAGAAAUACAUAGCGGCCCAGUACAAGGUGGAUGCUGAAAAAUUAGCACCGUUCAUAAGAAAGUAUCUGAAGAACGCCGUCGAAUCCGGUACUCUAAUACAGACUAAAGGCAAGGGAGCUUCCGGAUCUUUUAAACUGGAAUCGAAGACCUCCGCUUCUAAGAAACCCGGUUCCGGAUCUGGUGGUGCGUCCGGUGGCAGUUCCGUAAGGGCAGCAAAGGGCAACGCUUCGUCCGCUUCCGCUUCGGCAGCGUCUAAAGGCGGCAGCAGCAACAAAAAGGGAGGGGCCGGCGCCGGUGGUGCCGCUUCGACUUCUUCGGGGGCGGCUGCCGGCAGGGCCGGAAAGAAAGCGGCUGCAGCGUCAGCUUCAUCGCCGUCGAAAGGUAAAUCUUCGAUUGCCGCAACCGCCGCAGUUUCGGUAAAGGAGAAAAGAGCCGCCGCCGCCGCGAAAAAGAAGCCCGCCGCCGCUGCUAGGAAGUCUGGAGCGAGCGCUAAAGCUGCGGCCGCCAAGAGCGCGCCGAAAGCUAAGAAAACAGCUAAACCACCAACAAAGAAACCGAAAGCGCCUAAACCGAAAAAGGCCACCGCCUCGACGCCUAAAACGAAACCUUCGGCCAAAAAAGCGUCCGCCGCUUCGAAGAAGUGAUUCAUUGGGUACAACAGCAGCAGCACACAAUGAUUUAAAAAUACAUACAAAUAUAUUAAAACGAACCAACCAUGUGUGUGUGUGCCAGUCACCUAAUCAUCAUCAUCUUAUAAUAAAUAAUGUAUGUUUGUGUCUAACUCGAUCGACGUUCGACGACGACGACGACGACGACGACGACGACGACGACGACGAUGAAGACGCGAAGAUUACACACGGCACGCAUCGAUAUACAACAGCCCUUUUCAGGGCUAACAAUUCAAUCAAUCAAUUACUAUAUAUUACACCUAAUAAAUAAAUAAAUAAAUAAAUAAAUAAAUAAAUAAAUAAAUAAAUAAAUAGAUAGAUAUAUAUAUAAUAUACUACGUAAAGGGUAAUUCUAUUCGAUUAUACAUAAUAGUACCUAUAUAUUUAUAUUUUUUCGUUAAUUUGUUUCAUUAUUCAUUAUUUUUAGUAUUGCUUUAACACACACACACACAAUUUCACACGUGCUUGCUUUCUAUUCAUACAAAUUAUUCGUUCUUCUUCAUACUUCAUACUAUUCUAUUUUCUAUUCGUUUCGUUUCAUACUGCUACUAUGAUGAUUAUUAUUAUUAAUAUUAUGCUUGUCUUCUUGUUUCUUUCUUAUUUGUUUGCUAUUACACCGAUUACCGGCCGCCGGACCCCGCCCGACUGCCCGACUCUACUCGACUCGACUCUACUCUCUUAAUGAUUCAUUCGUUCAAACCUUUCGAUGCCACGUAAACGUACAACCAUCAGCCGAACGAAGAAAAUUUAUAUAAAUACCCAAAAAAUGCGGCGCGAGCAAAUCAUUUAGAACUUUGCUUUCGCUCUGUACGGACGUUCGCGAGACACGCGUGCGUUCGAGUGCUUUCGUGUGUUAUAUCGUUAACUUUUUUAAACUUCAAACAUGUCCGGUCGCGGAAAAGGCGGAAAAGUUAAGGGCAAGGUCAAGUCCCGUUCGAACCGUGCCGGUCUUCAGUUUCCGGUCGGUCGUAUACACAGAUUGUUGCGCAACGGAAAUUACGCUGAACGCGUUGGUGCCGGUGCACCGGUUUACCUGGCCGCCGUCAUGGAAUACUUGGCCGCUGAAGUUUUGGAAUUGGCCGGUAACGCAGCAAGAGACAACAAGAAGACUAGAAUUAUUCCUAGACAUCUUCAACUCGCCAUAAGGAACGACGAGGAACUGAACAAACUCCUUUCCGGUGUGACAAUCGCCCAAGGCGGAGUUUUACCAAACAUUCAAGCGGUACUACUCCCGAAGAAGACCGAGAAGAAAGCUUAAAAAACGCUUCAAACUCGCUCGCAAGGACAACAACAACAACACAACAUGUCGUCGAUAAUAUUUAUAUAUAAUAAAUAAUAAUAAUCGACGAACACAUAUUUUGUUCGUUGUUGUUGUUAUUAUUAUUAUUAUUAUAUUGUAUUGUUGACAGAAAUCAAAGGCCCUUUUCAGGGCCGCAAUAUGAAUCAAUCAAUCAAUCAAUCAAUACUGAAUCGACCGAAUCUAAUCCAUAUAUUAAAUAAAUAAAUAAAUAAUUAAAUGAAAAUAAACAUAUUUCUCAAGUACAAAAAA